CUCGCACGCCCCGAACUUUGAAGAACAUGUCCUCAAUGUCGACCUCGACAAUGUCGUUGCGCAAGACCCCAACAAUCCAGCUGAUCACUCCCAAUAUGACCAAGAGCACUGGGAAUCUGCACAAGCGACUAAAUCCAUCAGCUGCCGCCAGCUCUUCGGGGUAUCGGCUGGCCAACAGCCAGCUGAAGGCGUCCAAGUCGCCACUAAAGCGGGUCCGCGUCCUGGACAACACAUUGCGUCGCAGCAGGGGAUUGGGCAGACGCAGCCUUGGCACACGCUCGAAAAAGAAGCCACGCACAAAAUCAGCGGUGCCGGAUACAAGAUCGCCCAGCGAUUCCGAGUAUAUGACCGAUGAGACCACUGAAAAUGACCGCGAAGCCGGGAUCUCCUAUGACGAAUUUGUGCCCACGAGUCGCUCCUCAGUGCUGCCCGUCGGCGGGGCUCAGCAUCAGCGCAAUCGCGUGGCUGUGCCACGAAUUCGCCAUAUCCUCGUAAACCACAAUUCGGUGGCGUCGGCCGCCAACACACCGUCAAAGCAGGCGGUCAAUCAGGAGGAGAGGCCUCGAUUUGGCAAUCAAUUGAAGCAACCCGGCGACGGGUGAAAGUCGCAUGUGGCCGAAUCCACGAUGAGAUUAUCUAUCGAAAUUACUACUAAAAUGUACCUAUAUUUUUGGAAUUUGGAAUUUUUAUUUGCGUUUUAUGUUUGAUUUUAUUUUAUGUACCUUUAUCUGUUUAUCUCUGUUUCAUUUAUUUUCGAUGUUGGCCCAAUAAAAAUUAAAUUAUCUUCAAGAAGGACAACCGAACCA